AUGAAGUCGACCUGUCCAGAACCAUCAUUAUUGAUAACUUUUGAUGAUAUAACAAAUACAACGAACACGUCAGGAGUCCCAGUACCGAAUGGCUACGGUGGUUUGAAUUGGGAAAAUGUUCUGGUUUUGAAUGGUUUAAAUACUAGUAAUCCUACCAGUGGCUAUAGAACUGGUGUUAUUAGCCCUCCAUAUCUUGCCUUUGAUGGAUGGGGUAGUCCUAUGGCUAUUACAAAUGCAGCUACAAAUACAUUUACAAUAAAUUCAUUUUAUAUCUCAUUGAUUAUGAACACACAAACCACUUUUUUUUAA